CGGGGCAGAGGCGUCCACACCCCCCCAGCCAGACAGCCCGCGAGGAUGGGAAGACACCCCUGUGCCACUCCCUGGCUUUCCUUGGCUGGCAGCAAGUACAGUGACUGCUGAGCCAGCUCUGGUUUUCGGGAAGUCAGAUGACCUUCUCCCCUCCCAGCUCUGUGCCUCUCUCUGUCCUAGAGGUGGACACCAUGCACCCACUGGUGGCUCUCCUUUGCCUGCUGCCCUUGUACCCAGGCUCAGCCGCAGUCUCUCCUUCCUGCCCCCAGAACGUCAAUAUCUCCGGUGGCACUUUCACCCUCAGCCACGGCUGGGCUCCUGGGAGUAUCCUCACCUACUCCUGCCCCCUGGGCCAUUACCCAUCCCCUGCCAUGCGGCUGUGCAAGAAAAACGGACAAUGGGAGACCCCGCAAGCCACCCGGUUGAAACCGACAAAGCCUGCCUGCAAAAAAGUUCGCUGUCCAGCCCCUGUUACCUUUGAGAAUGGCAUGUACACCCCACGGCUGGGGUCUCACCCUGUGGGGGGCAACCUGAGUUUCCAUUGUGAGGACGGCUUCUCACUGCGGGGCUCGCCGGUCCGGCAAUGUCGCCCCAACGGCAUGUGGGACGGGGAGACGGCCGUGUGUGACAAUGGCGCCGGCCAUUGCCCCAACCCAGGCAUUUCAGUGGGCGCGGUGCGCACAGGGUCCCGCUUUGGCCUCGGGGACAAGGUCAGCUACCGCUGCUCCUCGAACUUGGUGCUGACCGGGUCUGCGGAGCGGGAGUGCCAGAGUAACGGGGUCUGGAGUGGAACGGAGCCCAUCUGCCGCCAGCCCUACUCUUAUGACUUUCCUGAGGAUGUGGCCCCUGCCCUGGGUACCUCCUUCUCUCACCUGCUUGGAGUUACCAAUCCCACCCAGAAGAAGGACGAAAAUCUGGGUCGCAAAAUCCAAAUCCAGCGCUCCGGUCACCUGAACCUCUAUCUGCUCCUGGAUGCCUCUCAGAGCGUGGCGAAAGACUUUCACAUCUUCAAGGACAGCGCCUACCUCAUGGUGGACAGGCUCUUCAGCUUUGAGAUCAAUGUUAGUGUCGCCAUUAUCACCUUUGCAUCAAGACCCAAAGUCAUCAUAUCUGUCCUGCAAGGCAAAUCCCAGGAUGAGACCGAAGUGCUCUAUAGUCUGGAGAACGUCGACUAUAAAGACCAUGAAAAUGGAACCGGGACCAACAUUUACGAGGCCCUGAACGCUGUCUUUCUCAUGAUGAAUAACCAAAUGGACCGCCUUGGCAUGACCACAGCGGCCUGGCGGGAAAUCCGACAUGCCAUCAUCCUCCUGACCGAUGGAAAGUCCAACAUGGGUGGCUCUCCCAAGCUGGCUGUCGACAACAUCAAAGAGAUCUUGAACAUCCACCAGAACAGGGAAGACUAUCUAGACAUCUAUGCCAUUGGGGUGGGCAAGAUAGAUGUGGACUGGAAAGAACUGAAUGAUCUGGGGUCCAAGAAGGAUGGCGAGAGGCAUGCCUUCAUCCUGCAGGAUGCAGACGCUCUGCACCAGGUGUUCGAGCACAUGCUGGAUGUCUCCAAGCUCACAGACACCAUCUGUGGGGUGGGGAACAUGUCAGCCAAUGCCUCUGAUCAGGAGAGGGCACCCUGGCAUGUCACUAUUAAGCCCAAGAGCAAGGCAACCUGCCGGGGCUCCCUCAUCUCGGACCAGUGGGUUCUGACAGCGGCCCACUGCUUCAACUCUGCUGAUAACCAGUCCCUGUGGAGGGUCAACGUGGGGGACCCUAACUCCCAGAGGGGCAAAGAAUUCCAAAUUGAGAAGGCAGUGAUCUCCCAGGAGUUCAAUGCUCGUGCCAAAAAAAAUCAGGGAAUACUGGAGUUUUAUGGUGAUGACAUUGCCCUGCUGAAGCUGACUCAGAAAGUAAAGAUGUCUACCCAUGCCAGGCCCAUCUGCCUCCCCUGCACUGUGGAGGCCAAUCUGGCUCUGCGGAGACCCCCAGGAAGCUCCUGCCGAAACCAUGAGAGUGAACUUCUGAACCAACUGAGCAUUCCUGCUCAUUUUGUGGCCUUGGAUGGGAGCAGACUGAAUAUUAACCUCAAGACAGGGACAGAGAGGGCGAACUGUAUCAAGGCCGUCUCCCAAGACCAAACCUCAUUCCCUGGCUUGACAGAUGUCACAGAGGUGGUGACAGACCAGUUCCUAUGCAGUGGGACUCAGAACGAUGACAAUCCCUGCCAGGGAGAAUCUGGGGGAGCAGUUUUCCUUGAGCGGAGAUUCCGGUUUUUUCAGGUGGGCCUGAUAAGCUGGGGUCUCUACAACCCCUGCGAAUCCUCUCCCAACUCCCGCAAGAGGGCACCUGCGAACAGAAUCCCGCCCCCGCGAGAUUUCCACAUCAACCUCUUCCGCUUGCAGCCCUGGCUGAGGAAGAACCUGGAAGGUGUCCUCAACUUUUUGCCUCUCUGAGGGUGGCCACUGGCCCUUUGCGGUCCUGCUGGUAUCUGCCAGCCGCCUCCUCUGCCUGAGAAUUUCUCCCCUCAGGCCUCUCAACCCAUGCUGGCUCCUAGCUCUGAGUGAAUCCCGCCUCCGCCUCUGGGGAGCAGCACCUCCAACCUGGGGAAUCCCCAGAGGUCCUGUCAGCACCCCUGGCCUUCCUCCACUCUCACUCUGACGGGGAAUUUCCCAGUUAUGAAAUUAAUAAAAUCAAUGACUUCCACAUCUGUCUGCGCCUCUG